UCAGUAUUAAGGGCAAUAGAUCAGGUUAAGGAUAUUGAAUUUGACAGGCUUAUCUAGCCGCAAAUUUUUGUAUUGUUCAGUUACAAAAAUGAGUUUUGAACUUCAGUUUGUACUGUUAUUGUGAAAUCUUUUGCAAACUGUUAAUCCUCCAUUUGUCAUUGAAGUAGCAUGAAAGUGGCAUUUUGAUAGAAAAAUAUCAUGCAAGACAAACCGUAUCAGUUGAAUGAAGUGGCGAAUGGUUAUGAAUAUGAUCGAAGAAAAGAUACAUUUUCUGCUCCUGCCAUUACUUUAGGAAAGGCAGAGAGAGGAGCUAGUAAAUCGGAAAAAGAGGAGGAUGUGCCCACACGUGGCAAAUGGGGUAAAAGUAUUCAAAGUCUCCUGCUGUGCAUUUCUAUGUCGGUGGGCUUAGGGAAUGUGUGGAGAUUUCCUAACGUCGCAUACAACAAUGGAGGAGGUGCCUUCCUGAUACCUUAUCUCCUCUUAUUGGUGAUAAUUGGGAGACCCUUGUAUUAUUUAGAACUCAUUCUAGGACAAUUUUCCAGCCAAGGCCCAAUCAAAUUAUGGCGAGUUGUUCCUGCUUUCAAAGGUAUUGGUUAUGCACAGGUUCUUUCCGUUUCUUUUGUGGUGGUGUUUUAUAAUUAUCUGAUGGCUCUCAGUAUAUUUUAUAUAUAUUCAUCAAUGAGAACUUGUUUGCCAUGGACAGAGUGCAACUAUCCAAAUCUUACAACAAAUUCAUCGAAUAUGACUCCUGCUGAAUACUUUUGGAGAAAUGAAGUUUUGGAGGAAGAUCCCGAUAACCCAGAUACCUUUACUCACAUUAGCUGGAAGCUAGCUGUUUGUCUGCUGAUUACGUGGACGUUAGUCUAUAUCUCAGUGGUUCAAGGUACAGAUUCACUUGGAAAGAUGGCUUAUUUCACAGCAAUAUUUCCGUAUGUUGUCCUGACUGCCUUACUCAUCGUUGCUUUGCAAGAAGAAGGAUCACUCGAAGGCAUCAAAUUCUUCUUCAAACCGGAGCUCAGCAAACUCAAAGAAAUCACGGUGUGGUACAGAGCUUGUGAACAAUCUUUUUUCUCUCUAGCUAUUGGCUAUGGAAAUAUUGUCAUGAUUGCAAGUUACAAUAAGUUCACAAAUAAUGUCUAUAGGGAUGCGAUCAUCAUCAGUCUUUUGGAUACAUUCACAAAUGUAUUGGCAGGCAGUGUCAUUUUUGCAGUUCUUGGGACUUUGGCUUUCCAAAAAGAUCUUCCCAUUGAUAAGGUUGUAAAUCAUCAAGAUCUUGGAUUGGCAUUCAUAAUUUAUCCUCAAGCUUUAGCAGAUAUCAAAAUUGUUCCGCAGCUGUGGUCCACACUAUUCUUUGUAAUGCUUUUUACUCUGGGCAUUGGAAGUUCAAUGUCACAAAUUGAGACGAUACUGACUGUCAUCAAAGACAAAUUCCCGAAUUUGCGAGAAAGAAAAGGCUACCUCGCUCUCGGAGUUUCUGUGCUGUUCUUUUCGCUUGGAUUACCUCUUACCACGAACGUUGGUCAGCAUAUCUUGGUUUUGUUAAAUAAUUAUGGAGUCGGAGCUGCCGUGUACGUCUACGCAACCUUGACUGUCAUAGGAAUUACGUGGAUAUACGGAAUCCGAAAUUUCUCAAAUGAUGUAAGAUUUAUGUUGGGAUCGACACCGGGUAUCUUUUGGAAGACAACAUGGACAUUCACAGCACCGGUCGCUCUCACAAUAAUAUUCAUCUACGGCAAUUUACCUCAGGAAGAUGGACCGAAAAAUUCUUUACCUCUGUGGGCUGAAAUUGCUGGAUGGGUUUUAGCAGCAGCUGCUGUCUUUCAAAUACCCAUUUGGGGAGUAUAUGUCAUCUAUAGAAACCCAGAAAAAACGCUUAUGAAGAAACUCCGAAGCAGCUUUAAAGCUACAAAAGAUUGGGGUCCAAGUGAUCCAGAUGACAAGAAAAGGUGGCUGGAAAUGAAACGAUCCCCUGAAGAAUACAAAGAACAACAGAGGGACGUUAUGUUCGUGUCCGCAGUAUAUAAUGAAUCUUUUGAAGGAGAUGUAUUUUGAAGAAAGAAGUCGAAAACCAAUAUUUCAUUAUUUGUAUAUAUUGUAAAAAACACGAAAUGUAAUUUUUAGACAUCAUUUACACAUUUAUCACUCACUCAGUGUUAUUUAAAAUAUGGUUGAUCAUUCUUUAAAUGAAAUCGACUUGUAUGAAGCAUUUCAACGAAAGAAAAUCGUUGCAAAACAAAACUAAUCGACUUACUAUACAAAUGAAUUUAUUGUUAUAUAAAUAAUAAUUCUUAGAGAAAUUUAUUUUUUGUUCAAUAUUAUACAAAUGCAUUUGUUCUUCCUACCAAUAAUAAAAAAAAAUAUCUGCGCAUCUCUUAUUAGGUUUACAAUCAUAUUAUUUAAUGUAAGCACAUUUUUGAGGCUUUAUUUAAAUAGGUUUUGUCUUUAGAUUUUUAUGAAAUAUUUUAUAGGUACUAUAAUUAAGUAAGAAAUUCUAACGUUAAUUUGUAUUCGAAAAAACAAUAUUAAAGUAAUGCUUCCUAAAAUUAAAUAAUCAAAUAAAGCCUUUUAUGUAAUUUUAUAAACGGUUUCCGGGAUAGAUAUUGGAAACGUAUAAUCGUAUUGGGAGGCAUGCAGAUAAUUUUAAAACAUAUUUCCUUUGUAUUAGUGUAUAAAUCAAGCAAUGAAAUAAGGUAUGAGGAAUUGAAAAGUAGUAGCAUUUUGUUGUUAUAAUCAUACAUAACGAAAUUUUUCUGAUCCCUGUGGUAACUGUUGAUAAUUUUUCUGUUGAUAAUUAACUGUUUCUAAAAUAUGUGAACAAUAAUAUUUUACCAUACUAGAUAGAAAUAUCCGAAUUUCUUUUCUGGGGAAAAGUUAUAAUAAAAGUUACAAUAAUAAUGAGUUGUUAUAAUAAUUUGUUUUUUCCCAUUGCUUUUUGACAUUUCUUUUUUCCGAGCGAAGUUUUUUCAUGACAAUAAAAUUGUGGUAAUCAUGUGAACUAUUUAUAGACCCAAGUGCAUUUUUACUUCAUAAAAAUGAAAUAUAAUUAAGUAUAGAUACAUUUAAAGUUUUUAAAAAUAUGUCUUAAUUGAAAUGCCUCUCUUUAUUAUUUUUACCCACUUUGUUUCAAUUAGAAUGAGUUAAAAGAUUUCAUUUGAAUUCGAAUGGUAUAGCAUCGAUAUUGUACCAAAAAUGCAUAUAAAUGUCUUAUAAUUUCCAUUGUUUUCUAUCAACCAAAAUGUCUUGAAAUUAUCUAUGUAACUCAAAAUAUUUGUUAACUGUAAGAAUGAUUUUUAUUCCUAUUUUUACUCAUCAUAAUUCAAAUAAUUAAAAAAAUGCUUUAUUAAGUUUAUCCUAAUAACAAAAGGAAUUUCAAUAAGAAAAAGUUAAAUAAAGAAAUGAACUCAUUAAUUUUGAAAAUAAAUAUUUAAUUCCCUAAGAAAUUAUUAAUUAAAAGCAUUAAUAAACUAUAAAAAUAGCUCAAUUCAAAUGGAUUAUUUUUGUAUUUUUUUAAAUAUAAUAUAUCGUACUAGCUUUAUUUCUAAAAUCAUGAUUCCAAAUAAAGUAUUCACAGAGGAUACUCACUUUAAUCGUGGUCCAAUAGCGAAUAUCUACUUCUCUUGAGGUAGGCAAUAUUUCAUACUGUAAAAAUGGUGUAAAGACGUUUGGCUUAAUGGCGUUUAGGCGUUUAUAUUUUAAAUUUUUGAGAUAGUAAAUAUGUUAAAAAUAUUACAAAGUCCAAAUUUUUAUAAAUUCUCCUGAUUAUACUAUCCAUAUUUAAUAAAAAAAUUCUCGAUUCAUUAACAUAAUAAAUAAAAAUGUUUCACUAAGAUAUGAAGCCUUUAAUUUCAUUAUUUUAAGCCAAUCAACGAUCGUCUUGAGCAAGUGAUUUGCUUUGAUUAGUAGGCGGCCAUUGAAAUGGUCUUAACCCAUUCAAAGUUGUGAUAUUUAACCUUCCAUAACUCUUCAGACUCGAUAUCAUACUUUCUCCAUUGAAAAAUGGAACUUUUUUUGUUAAAACUUUUGGCUCAUCAAAAUUAUUUUACGAGAUAGGAUUAAUGGAUCUGACCUUACAAAUUAGUGAUAUUACAAAAUUCUAACUUGUAAUUUUUUCAUUUAUUC